CUGAGACGAAGUCGUUGAAUAAAACUUUUUGACUAUCAUUUUCGGGCACUCACAAUUGUUUCAACUGUGAAAAAUGAAUAAAGUUAUUUUAAGUGCCUUUGUGCUGCUCCUUGUGGCUCAGGGCAUCGAAUCACAAUUUCCUAUAAUAAAUUUCGUGGGGACAUUGAUAGUAAACUUACUAAGUGCACCGUUGGCUGCCAUCACAUCAUCCUUUGUAUCAACCAUAGCCUACAAUGUUCUCAGCUUUACUGGCUUCUCACUCACUUGGCAGUACUCGCAAUCAGAUUUUCUGAUCUAUGUGAAGCCACCGGCUGUUAUCUGCUCAUCGACUAUGAGCACAUCGACAAUUCAACUAGUCAGCCCAACACUAAAAGGUCUCAUCACGACCAUCAAUACAACAGUUUCUGGAAUUGAUGCGAAUGUCGCAUCUUUCACAUCAACUCUUAACAACAAUGCAUACUCAAAUUGUGGACGAACUUUAGCAUCACUUGCUGUAAAUCUUUACGAUCAGACACCAAGACGCUUAGGCUACUCAAUGAUAUCCAUUGCAACAGUCAUGGGUGGUCGACGACCAAAUCAAUCACCAUUUGGAUUGACACCUUAUGAUCCAGUCUAUCCAGUUCCAUCAACAAUACUUCCACGCGAUACUGACAGCUUCCGUUCGCAGGUUGGAGUUCAAGCUAAGAACUUUAUUUUGUACUUGCCGUACCUGUUUAAGGAUUUAAAUGAUGCUGCAGCUGCAUAUCAAAAUUUAAGAAGUCAAGUACGCGGUGGCUGUAUAUGCCCAUCAAGUACGACAGUUUCAAGCCUCAUAACUCAAUGGACGAGCCUCAAUACAUCAAUAGCUGGAUUUACAGCCUCAACAGCCACUACUAAGACACUUAUUCAAGUCGUCGGUUCCGCAAUUCUAACAAAUGUGACUGGAACCUUCAAUGCGACCUACUCGUGGAUGAAUUCAGUCCUUAGCUGUACUCAAUGCCUUAUUGGAAGUUUAAAGAACAAUGGAUCGAGAUGUGUCAAGACUUACUGCAAUGACAAGCCACAGAAUGACAGUAUUAGUGCUGGAUUAAAUGAUACAGCAUGCACAGCUUCUGGAUUGAGAGCAAUCGGUCGAUUCCGUAACAAUUUACAGCUUGAUUAUGUGUUGGCAAGAAAUGUCGAGCUUCGAGCUCAAAGCUUCUUAAUGUCUCGAGUCUUUCGAUAUGUCAAUGACCAUUCAGGAUGUGUAGGCAAAGGAAUCGUCAAGAUUGACUCAAAUACUGGACUAUUAAGGAACAGCAUCUUUAAGAAGAGAAUGAAGACAUUCAAAGGCCAUAUGGACAGCUUCCAAUUGAACAUCAAAAACUCAUACAAUGCAUUAAGCCUGAACAUAAACAACUCAAUUGCUACAUUUAAUUCCUACAUCGACUCAACAAUCCUUAGUUCCACAGCUGUGGUUUCAUCAACAGCUGUGACAUUCGCUGAGACAGUCAUCAAUUCUUCAAGCCUCUAUCCAUGCUGUCAACAGUAUGCUGGACAGGCACUGGAUAUCCAAGAUAAAUUCCAAAGUGAUGUCAAAUCAUGCAUGCAAAACACAGCUGCAGCUGUUAACAAUAUUGCAGCCAGCAUGACAACAGAUUUGACAAGUCAUGGCAAACAUUUUAACAGAUACACAAGCACUGUCGAUUCCUGCAUCAAUACUUACUGCAAACGAUGGCCAUGUGUUAAUGCCUUCCUGUUAAUUCCAUCAUUCGACAAACACGUGUCUAACUGCGUCACAGCUGUGAAUACAGGACUUACUGGAUAUAACCCAAAUGUUUUUACCAUUGGAAAUGCAAGUAUUGCUUCUGUAGCUGCAAAUAUAGCUACAGCUAAUGUCACAUUUAAUCAGUGCAUUAAUGUAGCUGUUAGUAAUGCACAGCAGAGCCUCUUGACUGUCCAAAACAACUUCAAUACCUGUAAAAAGGUCGGAACCUGCACUAAUGGAACCACAGACAUGCGACCAAUUUUAGGUCAAACUAUUGACAUCAUUUUUGCUAACCUUACGGCACUUUUAAGUUUCAAAGGCAAUACAAGCAUUGAUCCUGAAUGUCUUAGAGCUGUUAUGGCUGAUGCUGCUUUCUUGAUGAACCAAACGAUGGCACUUAACAGUUCCUUGAUGUCACAAAGUUAUGAGACUGAGGAGAAGGUCUUGAACUUCAUUUCUUCAUCACUUGCUGCUUUGAGCUACAAUUUUAGCCUUUGUAAGUCUGACAACCGAACAAUCUUGUUGCCUAGAAUCGAUCAAGCAAUAGCUGAUUUAUCUAACCUUUGGAACUUGACCAUGAACAUCACUGGCUUAAAUCCAGAGUGCCUGAACAUGUCACAACAGAACAUCAGCGGUGUUAUGGACAUGGCAUUAAGUCUACAGACACAACUGAGCCUGACUGACUAUGUCGUUGAUUUCGCAGCUGUGGAUGCUCUGCCAAGCAUUGUUGAGCAGCUACGUGCUGAGUUUAAUGACUGCAUGAGUGCCCCUUAUGACAAUAGAACUGCUUUCAUCCCUAACAUCACUCAAAUAAUUCUGGACCUUCAGACUAUGAUUAACAUAACCUUAAACUUGACUAUGGAUCCAAGCUGUGCUGUUCCAUUGCUGGCUAACCUUACAUCUGUCUUGGCUAUAGCUGACACUUUACCUACAAUGAUCUUCAAUUUUACAUACGACGUGGACUUCCAAAUUGUUGCUGGUGCUCAAAAUCUGACAAAUGAGCUUGAAGAUGCACUAGCUGCAUGUCAAGUCUAUGACAAUCGGACCUUACUUCUACCUGGUAUCAAUCAAGUCAUUAAUGAUAUCAACAACUUACUGAACUUAAGUGCUAGUUCCACUGGUGAUCCUGCAUGCUUUGCAUCACUUAUAGCCAAUAUGUCAGCAGUUCUUAAUGUGACAUUGGAUCUUCAAGUGUCACUGACUGACUACUCGUAUGACGUUGGAUUAAGUAUUAUUGGUGAACUGCAUCUUGUGAUGGCUGAGUUCCAAGCUGCCUUCAAUUCAUGCUUAAAUUAUGAUAAUAGAACUGCACUUGCUGCAGAUGUCGGCAAAAUUCUAGCUAAUGCGACAGCACUUGGCAGCUUGAUUGCUAAUUCAACAGCUAGUUCCUAUUGCCUUGGUCCAUUACAGCAGAAUAUCAGCAUCCUAGCAAAUGUGUCAAUCAUGCUGCAGACCGACAUCUACAACUUUACAUAUGACAUUGGACUAGCGAUUGUAACUGAGAUGCAGUCAUAUUUGGCACAGCUACAAGCUUCAUAUGAUGCAUGCUUGCUCUUUGACAAUAGAACCUUGUUACAUCCUGAAGUCAUAGCUGAUUCAGCAAGUCUUAAUGCCUUUGCAAACAUCCUUAUGUCAUCGACAGCAGAUCCUUAUUGUCUUGGUCCAAUUCAACAAAAUUUGAGUGUUUUACUGACCAUGCAAGGAGCAAUUGAGUCUGGACUAUUUAAUAGCUCAUAUGCAGCUAGCUUGGCUGUCAUGAUCAACUUUGAUACUUCAUUUGCUCAACUUCAAGCUGCUUAUAAUGCUUGCCUUACUUUUGACAAUCGGACAUUGCUGGUUCCAACAAUAAAUAAUAUUGUCAGUGACUUUACAGCUCUUGCAGCUACACUAGCGAAUUCUACAGCCAGUUCUUACUGUCUACUUCCACUACAAGCUAAUUUAACAAUGCUGCUUAAUGUCUCAGGCACAAUAUCCACAGAUGUCUUCAACUACAGCUAUGAAAUUGGUGCUUCAAUUAUUUCCGGAUAUCAGAUGGCAUUGGCACAAGCACAAGCUGCUUAUGCUGCAUGUUUGACAUUUGACAAUAGAACUUUAUUGGAAAUGGAACUAACUGGAGAUUUAGCGAAUCUGACAAUCUUUGCGAAUAUCCUAGCAAACUCAACUGCUGAUCCUUACUGCCUUGGUCCAAUCCAACAGAACUUCAGUCUUCUAAUGUCUGUAGCUACUGCUAUGCAGUCUGGACUAUACAACACAACAUACUCGGCUGGUCUAGCAGGUUUAAUUGACAUGGAUGCUGCAUUUGCUCAGAUUCAGGCUGCUUAUGCUGCAUGUUUAGUGUUUGACAACAGGACCUUGUUGACUCCAUCUUGCAAUGCUGUAUUGCUUGAUCUUACAGCACUUAACAAUUUGAUUGCUAAUUCUACUGCCAGUUCAUACUGCUUAGGACCUUUACAGACCAACUUGUCUGUCUUAAUGACUGCAUCUGCAUCCUUACAAAUUGACAUGUUCAACUAUAGCUAUGAUAUUGCAGCUACAAUUAUUGCUGGAUUCCAACUGUCCAUAGCUGAAGCACAGGCUGCUUACAAUGCUUGCUUACUAUUUGAUAACAGAACAUUGCAGCAUCAAGAACUUCAAGGAGAUUUAUCAAAUUUGACAAUCUUAGCCAACUUAAUCAUGUCAUCAACAGCUGCACCUUACUGCUUAACUCCAAUCCAACAAAAUUUGUCAGUAAUCCAGUCCAUAUCUCAAGCUAUCCAGUCUGGAUUGUUCAGUUCAACGUACGAUGAGAAUUUAGAAGACAUGAUAAGCUUAGACGCAGCUGUGGCUCAACUUCAAGCUGCUUUCGAUGCUUGUCUACUGUUUGACAAUAGAACACUGCUAGCUGCUGACUUGCCAGGCAUCAUAUCAAGCAUUAAUUCAAUAUCAGCUCAAAUAUCAUCUGCAGUUGCUGAUCCAGCAUGUUUAAGUGCCGUUCAAGCUAAUUUGACACUUAUGCUGAACAUUUCACAGUCACUGCAGAUUGACUUGUUCAAUUACACUUAUGACAUUGGAUUGGCGAUUAUUGGAAGUCUACAGAUGUCAAUAGCUGAUGCUCAAGCUAGACUAGCUACAUGCUUAGCGGAUCCGAGAAUUUCAAUGCUUCCAGUAAUCUCAGGUGCAGCUGCGAAUGCAUCAGCAUUGAGCAGCCUUUUGGCUAAUUCUACUGCCAGUUCCUACUGCUUACUUCCUCUGCAACAAAAUGUGUCAUUGCUGCUUAAUAUUUCACAGUCAUUCCAACAAGACUUCUACAGCUAUGACUAUGAUAUUGGAUCAACGAUUUUGAACAGCCUUCAAAGUUCUUUAGCUGAGGCACAAGCUGCAUAUGAAGCAUGUCUACUCUUUGACAAUAGAACUUUAUUGGAAAUGGAACUGACUGGUGAUAUGGCAAACUUAACAGCCUUGAUCAACAUCAUUAUGUCCUCAACUGCAGAUCCAUACUGCCUUACAGCCAUCCAACAAAAUGCAAGUGCUAUUCUGUCCAUAGCUCAAGCUAUUCAAGCUGGACUCUUUGGCAAUUCCUACCUUCAAGGACUAAUGCAUAUGGAAAGUUUAGAUGUGUCUGUGGCUCAACUUCAAGCUGCUUAUGAUGCCUGCUUGCUAUUUGACAAUAGAACUUUGUUGGUUCCAAAAAUAACAGACUUGCAAGCCAAUUUAAGUGCUCUUGCAGCUUUAGUAGCUAAUUCAACAGCUGAUCAGUACUGCUUAGGUCCACUUCAGUACAACCUGACCAUUUUACUCAGCAUGUCUAAUAGUCUCCAAGUUGACAUCUUCAACUACAGCUACGAAAUUGCUAACACGAUCCUUGCUGACUUAGAAGUAGCAUUGGCACUAGAACAAGCCAACUACAUAGAUUGCCUUGCAUUUGACAACAGGACAUUGCUUCAACCUAAUGUCACAGCUACAUUGAAUGACUUGACAGCUUUGUCGAAUACAAUUAUGUCAUCUACAGCUGAUCCUUACUGUCUAACAGCAAUUCAACAAAAUAUCAGCAUUAUGCUGUCUGGUGCUGUCACAUUCUCAUCGGAACUGUUUAAUAAUUCAUAUGAGCUGGACUUGAAUGUCUUAUCGAGUCUUCAGUCAGCAAUGAUUGACAUUCAGGCUGCUUACAAUGCAUGUCUAGUGUUUGACAAUCGAACUCUCUUAGUUCCAUCAAUUGCUGCUUUACAAGCUAAUUUAAGUGCUCUUGCUAAUCUUGCUGGCAAUUCCACUGCUGAUCAGUACUGCCUUGAUCCUCUGCAAUACAACUUGACUAUGCUGAUUAGCAUGACUUCGUCUCUUCAAGUUGACAUCUUUAAUUACAGUUAUGAGAUUGCAAACUGGAUUAUUGCUGAUCUUGAAGCUUCUUUGGCUAUGGAACAAUCUGCUUAUGCUGCAUGCUUGCUGUUUGAUAAUCGAACAUUGUUACAAUCGGAACUGGCUGGAGAUUUGUCAAAUUUGACAGCAUUUUACAAUUUAAUCAUGUCUUCAAGUGCUGAUCCAUACUGCCUUGCAGCUAUUCAACAGAACAUGACAGUCUUGUACAACUUUGCACAGGCUUUGCAGUCAGGAUUAUUCAAUUACUCUUAUGACAUAAAUGUAGCUGUUAUGGCUGAAAUAGAUGCGACAUUUGCAGAUCUACAAGUUGCGUAUACAGCCUGCCUUAACUUUGACAAUAGAACUCUUCUGAUUCCAACAGUGUCAAGUGUCUUGGCUAAUUUGACAGCUCUAGCUAACAUAGCAAUCAAUUCUACAGCUGAUCCUUACUGUCUAGGACCGAUCCAACAUAAUUUGAGCAUCUUGGUCGGAGCAUCCACAACACUUGAAGUUGACAUCUUUAACUAUACUUAUGAUAUUGCUGCAAACAUUAUUGCUGACUUGCAAGCUUCGAUUGCUAUGGAACAAGCAGCUUAUGAAGCAUGUUUAACUUUUGACAAUCGAACCUUGCUACAGCCUGAAAUAAGAGCUGAUUCAGCAAGUUUGAAUGCCUUUGCUAAUAUCCUCAUGUCAUCGACUGCUGAUCCUUACUGCUUGACUCCAAUCCAACAAAACAUGAGUUCCUUAAUGACUCUAGCGAUGGCUAUUGAGUCUGGACUGUUUAACAGCUCAUAUUCAGCUGCAUUAAAUCUUAUGAUUAACUUUGAUGUCGAAUUUGCUAAUCUUCAAGCUGCUUAUAAUGCCUGCCUUACUUUUGACAACAGGACAUUGUUGAUUCCAACAAUUGCAACUUGUAUUGCAGACAUCAACAAUAUCCUAGCCUUGAUUCCAACAUCGAAUGGAUCUUUAGCAUGCAUGACUGAAAUGCAACAGAACUUGACACUUCUCCUUAAUAUGUCCACAUCCUUACAAGUUGACAUCUUUAACUAUACUUAUGAAAUUGGUUCUGCUAUACUUCUUGACUUACAGCUGUCCAUAUCCAAUGCACAGGCUAAAUUUACAAUUUGUCAGAUUUACGAUCCAAGAACUGAAUUCUUUGCAUUCAGUUCCGCAGCUACGGCUAACUUGUCAGCUAUUGCUGAUAAUAUUGUGAAUAUAUCAUCGACAGCAACAUGCCUAGCUGCAGUUCAACAAGCCAUGGCACUGCUUAAUAAUGCAUCAGCAUCAUUCCAUGACUCAAUCCUAGUCGUGACUUACAAUACAAGUCAAGCCAAUGCAGCAAGUCUGGCACAAGCAAUUCUUGAUCUACAAGCAGCUGAAGCAGCCUGCAGGAACUUUGAUAAUCGAACUGUAUUUAUGGGAAGCAACUUGGUGUUGGCAUCAAAUGUCUCUGAUCUGAUGAAUAUUAUAUCCAGUUCAAGUGCUUUGAGUGAAUGCGUCAAUCCAAUUCUACAAGAUGCUGUUUGGUUAAUGGGAAAUAUAACUGCAUUUAAUGGAACCGUACUCAAUAGUUCUUAUGCAACUGAUUUGGCGACAUCAAACAGCCUUUAUGCAACAUUUAGUGGCUUACAAGCUCAAUGGAGUGCCUGUCUUGUCUACACAACAACAACCAAUUCAACAACUGACCCUCGCACUGCCCUUAAUUCAACACUCGCAAGUGCCACAGCAACUCUCAAUGACCUCCUUGGACAGAUUCAAAACUUUACCGGCAACCAAACUGGAGUUCCUGGAUUUACAACUGCAAUUAAUGACUUACUCAGUCAGAUUCAAACUCUUCAAGCUAAUUUGAUGAACAAUAAUUUCACAACAGAUGCAGCACUUGUUAGUUCAAUUCAAUCUGCCGUUGCUCAACAGGUUGCUGACUGGGCGGCUUAUGUCGCAAACUCAACCACAACAACUGUCGAUCCACGAGUCGCUUUGACAGCAGAAGCACAAAUUUUACUUGCUGAACUUCAAGACUUUUUGCAGACCAUCCAAAAUUACACUGGAAAUCAGACUGGAGUUCCUGGAUUUAUUAAUGAUACAACAGCUUUGAUUGCUCAGGUUCAAGAUUUGAUCAACAACAUGAUGAACAAUCCAGCUUCCGUUGAUGCAGCUACUUUAGCUAAUUUGGAUGCUUUAGCUACUCAAAAGGCUGCUGAAUGGCUUGCUUAUGUUGCCAGCGAUACAACACCUACAACUGUUGACCCACGACUAGCUUUACUCACUGAAGCCCAAAAUUUGGCGACUGUUCUUGCUGGAUUGACUCAAGAGAUGCAGACUUACACUGGAAAUCAAGCUGGAAUUCCCACAUUCUUAGGAUUAACUGGAGACUUAGCUACUCAAGUUCAAGAUCUAAUUGCUAACAUGAUGAACAAUACUUAUGCAGUUGAUGCUGCUCUAUUGGCUACUUUACAAAACUUGGUAGCUCAAGAUGCUUCUGCCUGGGCUGUAUACAAAGCAAGCGACACCGGAGCAACAAGUGCAGCAACUUCAACAUCAGACUUAACCACAUCUGCUGAAGCUUUAUUAGCUGAUUUGAACACACUGAUUCAAAGUAUGCAGAGCUAUACUGGAAAUCAAACUGGAGUCUCUGGAUUUGUAAAUGAUACAUCAGGCUUAGCUACUAUGCUUCAAGCUUUAAUUGCAAAUAUGGGCAAUAGCACUUUAGCUGAAAACAUCGCAGCUUUAACUACUUUACAGAAUGCAGCCGCACAAGAAGCAACUGAUUGGGCCGCUUAUGUAGCUGGCAGUACUUUGAAUACCACAACAACUGUCGAUCCACGAAUUGCUUUGACAUCAGAAGCACAACAACUUCUUGCUGAACUUCAAGACUUCUUGCAGACAAUCCAAAAUUACACUGGAAAUCAGACUGGAGUUCCUGGAUUUAUUAAUGAUACAACAGCUUUGAUUGCUCAGGUUCAGGAUUUGAUCAACAACAUGAUGAAUAAUCCAGCCUCCGUUGAUGCAGCUACUUUGGCUAAUUUAGAUGCUUUAGCUACUCAAAAGGCUUCUGAAUGGCUUGCUUAUGUUGCGAGUGACACCACAGCUACAACUGUUCAGCCUGCAACAACAACUCUGGCACCUACAAACACGACUCAAGCUCAAAAUGAAACUUCAAAUUCAACAACCACAACUGUUGAUCCACGUCUUGCUCUAUUAUCAACAUCACAAAUCUUGGCAGCUAAUUUAGCUGCUUUAGCUCAGGACAUGCAGACCUACACAGGAAAUCAAGCUGGAGUUCCAACAUUUUCCAGUCUAACUGGUGCUUUAACAACUCAAGUUCAGGAUCUGACUAAUAACAUGAUGAAUAAUGACUAUGCAACCGAUGCAGCACAAUUAAGUAAUUUACAGCUUUUGUCAUCUCAAGAUGCUGCGGCAUGGAUUGCAUACAAGUCUAGUGACACUGCGGCUACAGCUGCAGCUACAUCAACAGCAGCUCUGAAUGCAACAGUUGAAUCAACAAUCAAUGACUUGAACAUGUUACUUCAAACCAUGCAGUCAUAUGCAGCCAAUCAAGCUGUGGUUCCAACUUCUGUAAGUGACACAAUCAGCAAUAUUCAGAACUUGAUAGCAGCAAGUCAAAAUUUAAGUGCAAGCUUGGGAACAAAUGGUUUAGCAGGUGACAUUGCAGCAGUUACUGAUCUACAGAAUCAAGUAUCUCAAACAGCUACUGGAUGGGCUGCUUAUAUUGGAAAUAUUUUGAAUGCUUCAACGACCACAACCGUGUCAACAACUACAGCAUCAAUUCCUACAACUAUCGUGUCUUCUAAUGGAUCUGAUACCACAUCAAACUCUACAACAUUAACACCUCCAGUUACCAAUUCUUCAGACAUGAUCUCAGUGUCAUCAAAUGAUACAACUACCACUGCUGUUGAUUCAACAACUACUCAAGAUCCAUCAAAUGUGACAACAACAACGAUUGCUGUGACUUUAAUACCUACAACAGCUAUUCCAACUACGGCAGUUCCUACAACUGAAGUGCCCACAACCGAAGUGCCAACGACUUUAGUUCCAACCACAGCAGUUCCUACAACUGAAGUGCCCACAACCGAAGUGCCAACGACUUUAGUCCCAACCACAGCAGUUCCUACAACUGAAGUGCCCACAACCGAAAAGCCAACGACUUUAGUCCCAACCACAGCAGUUCCUACAACUGAAGUGCCUACAACCGAAAUACCGACUACAUUGGUUCCAACGACUACUACACUACCACCUACUACUUUAGCACCAACAACAAUUCCGACAACAACAUUACCUCCCACAACAUUAGUUCCAACAACUACCACUACAAAGGCAACAACCACGACCUCUAAGACAUAUCCUUUAACAACAAUGGCUGGCCAAUGCGACUGGUGCUUCAAGAUUCCAUUGCUCAGCUGGGCUCAGCUUCUUAUCAGUUUCAAGUCAACAAACUGCGGUUGUCCAACUGGCUAUGUUGUCAUGAGGAACUGGACCGAUUUGAUCUUUGGUAAAGAGCAUUCAUGCUGCUACUAAGUCCUAAGUAUGGACACAUGCAAGGAUUCUGGGAAUUUCUAGAAUUUUUGUGAAUUUUCAUUUUUAUUAAUCUUUUAAAAUAUUUGAUUUAACUUCUAAUUUGUGGCUUAAACAUUAAAAUUAAUUUUCAAAAUUGAAUAAA